AUGCUUUCUUCUCCAAAUAUACAACCCAUACCUAAAACAAGCGGAGACAGUGCCAUAAUCUGUGCCAGUGGUUCGUUGUCGCAUCAUCAAAGAGGCUUGGAGCAAUGCUUCUUGAUUUUUACUGAUCAAAAUAGACUGAAGAAGGCUAUCAACAGCAGGAGCACCGCCAGUCUACUUCAGACGUUAAAAUUUGCCACAUUGACGCGUAGUUCAAAUAUAGCUUGCCCCGCUGUAACGUCACCCCCCAGUGUCUCGAAACACACACAGCUAGUUUUCUGUGAAUCUGAUACAUUAGUUCUUAGAUGGAGCGAAACAUUGAGCAGCACCGCAGGGUUCACUGCAACUGUUCCCGGUUCAUCCAAUGGCCGUGUAUGUAGGGCUGAAAAGCAAACUUUGGUAGAACGGCAAAGUCUGGAGUUCGGGAAUCUAUCAAGAGAUGACAACACAAAGAAAUAUGAAUUUGCGGCUUUCAAAAGCUACAACAUAAACGAACAGCUGUUUUACGAGUGGUUGAUCUUGGGUCUGCCAGGAGUAUCACGUCAGGUGUUCGCAGGAUGGGCAGCAACUCAGCGAGUAAACGACCGUUUAGUGGGGCUGCCUCAACUGAUGAACUUCUUGAGAUUUCAGGAGCAAAUAAGCGCAGUUCCUGCUUCUCUGGCUGAAAAGAAAGAUACAUAUCCGGACUUUGAGACUACGUUGGAACACCAAACAUCCAAGGUAGCUUACGCCCCCAGCACAGGUGUCGAUGGCUGUCUGCAUAAACGGUGCCUCUGCAUAAACGGUGUCUUAGGUAUCAGCCGUGACGUUCAAGAGCAUCUAGAGUGUGUACGGCGUGCUUUAACUGGGAUGGGACAAGCAGUGACGCAUAGAGCCAUACAACAGCUCAUUUUCCAGCAUAAUUGUGCUUCUAGGAGGAGGAGGAUGCCGCCGCAAGGACGCAUAGCCGGGGGCCUCAUAUCACCUCCAGUUCAUAUGCUGCUUAAAUCUAAACGUCCUUGCUUUCCGGUGACCGAUGCCAGUAACGAAGCGGUGGCUGCAGCUCUCGCCCAUUAUGCUACAGAAUCUUCAAGCGCUACACCGUUGCUUGCCAAUCUCAUCAGUUUACAGAAGUCAAGCAAAAGAUCCAGCGGGGAAAGAAGAACUCAAUGCAGUGUAAUUUUACGUGAAAGUGUAGAAAAUAUUUGA